AUGCCGUCAAUUUCCAAUCCCGUUGUUGAUCCGGGCAAUCCUAUCUCCGUUGACGCACUUGAUCUCUACCAUCCCGAUAAAUGGAUCUCCCUAUAUUCCAUCAACGGUGACAGAAUCGGGACAGGCGCUGCGGAGGAGUCCGAAAGCUAG